ACAAAUAUAUAAGCGAAAUUGAUCGUAAUUGAUCACGAAGGACGAUCACUACGUUUCUGGAAAAUUUUCACUUCGCUUCCUUUGUAAUACACAUUCAACUGUGUACUACACGACCGAUCUCUCCACGAUCUCUCGACGAGAAUGGAAAACUACCAUUGGCGUCGAUAUCGCGGCAAUAUAAAUUUUCCUUUGUUUUUUUCGAGUGGUUGCGUAUGACACUGGAUGCACCGCGUUCGGCCACGCUCGUCGCAUGACACGCCACGUGUGCCACCGCCAAACUCCUCGCCAACCAAACAAUGAAUUAAUACUUCUAUAUACGCGUAUUCAGCCCCGUUCCUAUAUGUAAAAUCUCGUUCGAUGUAAGAUUCGUAAAUAAAUGCCCCCAUACGAUGACGAGAUCCUUUCGAGGGAGUUAAUAUCCUUCCCCCUCCCCCUUGAUCAUUAACGUCAUUUUUUAGGAUAUGCUAGUAGGACUGCUCCAUCAAAUUAACCAAUUAAUUAAAUUCCUCCCUUUGUUCCACCACCACCGCAUUUAAAAUCCGCGUAUUUAAUGUUUAGCAAAAAAAAAAAAAAAGAAAAAAAAAAGAAAAAAGAAAAGAAAAGAAAAGAAAAAAACAUUGCCUGGAAAAAUAUGCGAGGAAAAUACUUUUCCAUUUUUGCCGUUCCUUUUUUUCUUCUCUUUCUCUCUCUCUCUCUCUCUCUUUCCACCCUCCUCCCUAUUCCAGCGGCGAGUUUCAUAAUCCGUUAAUCACGGUGGAUGUGGAAGAGAGGGUAGGAAACAGGCGCGUAAUCUAAGAAAAGGCGUCGGAGCAUUGGCGUCAGUAGAAAGUGGUUGUAAGUGAAUGAAAGUGGAUGCAAAGGUGGAGGUGUGGUUGCUACGAGGUCGUCUGCCUGGCAAAGCUGGCAUGAUCCGCCACAGAAGACAGAGGUUUGUCUGUCUUUAUCAGCCGGCCCAGGUAAAGCCCUCGAAGCGAGCUGUGCGUCUCUACCAUCGCCACCCCUCGCUGGAAAAGCCCGGAGGGUGACGGACGCCCACGAUUGGCGUGGCUUCCCUCGAACGAGGGAGGACAUCGCGCACCCCUAUUGGCUCCUCGCGAAUCCAUACUCGGUAUUCAUUCGCUGGCUCAUUCGUCGACCCCUCGAUCCGAGCCCUCUCUCUCUCUCUCUCUUUUCGUUCUAUCUCCUUUCUCUUCCGUCGGCGUGGAGGCUCGAUGCAACUCACCCUUCCGUACACCGUCACAGCAAUCUUUUCAAUGCAUUUCACCGCCAGCUUUCACCUUUCCCCGGAUAUUUCUAAGCAAAUAUUUUUUUAAUAAGCACGCCUACCAUUCGCCCGAAUACAGUUAACGCGUCCCGAUAUACUCGGUUCUUCGGGGGUGGUUUCCUCCUCGACGCCCUCCUCCGGAAAAAAAUUCAAAAAUUCCAUUCACUCGACACCCCGGAACUGCUCGAAACUCGAACGAACAAGAGAACGAAAUAAAAUUGCAAAAAGCUCGCCCACUCCCUUCUCCCCAUCGUCAUCCCUUAUCGUAGACGAGGCGAGAUCGUAGACGCGUAAUCGAGCCAUUAACACUUCCCGCUCCACGAGCGCGAUUCCUCGUCCUCGUCCCUCCGAAACGAUGAAUCGUGAUCCCCUGGCAAGGUUUGACCAGGAGAGAGGAUGAGAGAGAGAAAGAGAGAGGGAGAGGGAUCGAUGAAGAGAGUGUCGAACGUCGAGGUAAGAAGGACGGCUUCGUGAUCGUUCCGCCUGCACUUUUAACGUCGUCGCGCUUCGUGUCGCCUCCGUCCCAAUCGAAUGAGACGAAGAAGAAGAAGAAGAAGAAGAAGAAGAGGAGGAGGAGGAGGAGGAGGAAAAAGAGGAGAAAGAAAAAAGGGAGGAAAAAAGAGAGAGAGAGAAUGAAAAAGAAAGGAAAGAUUGGGAGAGGGGAGGGGAGAGAAAAAGGUGGCCGGAGAGGAAAAGACGAACGAUAGCUGGGGGACAGAGCGUGACAGGGAUGGAGCAUUCCUUGGGGUGUUGCAGCCUACGACCGUGCAACGAGAUGGGCGUGUUUUUAGGUUGCUCUUUGCUCCGCCCCCGGCACCGCCCCAUUGGUGGUUGCUGUUACCUUCAACUCCGUGACCUCCCUUCACCCUUCCGUCUGCAGCUGAAACCUUGGUUGGGUUUCGCCAGCAGCCACCGCACACACGUCAGCAGCGGCAAACUCGGCGGCUCCAACGGCCAACGGAUCGUUCGCGAUCUCCGUCGAUCAUCCGCCAGGGAUCACCCCGAUCAACGUUUCCAUCGCGAGACAAAAUUUUCUCCAGGGACAAGCGACAAGCCUCGUCGUGUGAUUUCUCGUCGUGUGAUUAUUCGCCGCUAUGAGAUUGUACGGACGGAUGGUGAGGCCGACAUCCGGUCGCCGAACACGCGAGCCUUUGUAAUCCGUGCCGUCAUUGACAGUGUCGUUUCGUCGGGAAACUAGACCAAGAUGCACGCGAAUAUAGAAGACAGUGGUUGACUUCGAGGGAGAACGAGUUUGGCAAUCGAAUAGAACAGAUUCGACCGAGAUAUGAACCGAGAUGGCCGACGUUUCGGGCUUUUUUCGAUUACUUUGAGAAACUUGGAAUCUCCAAGUCGAUCGAAAUGAAAAACAAUUGAGGAAAAGUUGUUAUUUAUCAUCUGGAAUCUAAAUCACCGUUCUUGUAUCGAGGAUACGAUACAAUUUCUUGGAGAAGUUGGACGUUCGAAGUCGACGUGAUGAAUCCAACGGGGGAACGGAAAGUAUUUUCGAUUCGUUGAGAAGAAUGAUGACAAUCGUCCCCUUCGACGAUGGAACGCGAUCGAGAAUAGAAACGGAAGGAUCGAUCGAUUCUCGUGCGACUCUCGAUAAUGUCGACGACCAAUCUGAGAGACUUCUUUCUGCUGGUAGAUACCGACCUGUCGAUGGCCGUCGCGUAUCAUCGUGAGCAUCCAUGCCUCCUUGAAUUGGUGACCCAAAUGAAAUUGUUCCUGGAAUGCCGCGUUAGACCGACGAACUGCAAGAUCAAGUAGAAUCGAAAUUGAUGCCGCAGCUUCACGUCACGAAGUUUGAACUCUGCGUUUUUUUGGAGUCCGGAGCUUGGUGAAAGUGUUCAGGAUUAUCGGAGGAGCGGAUCGCGGUGUUCAGAUCACGGAGCCGCCGCUCAAUUUUCACGUAUUCCGAUCUCUACCAUGCAACCGUUCUCGACCGGCAGCGCAAUGGCGACCGAAACACCGACCAGCCUCCCACCGGAGAGAGUUACCUCACCGGCACCGUGCAAGAACUUGACCUUCUCGAUCGCGAAAAUCAUGGAGCCGGACAAACGUCUGACCGAGCAGAGCAACAACAACCAGCAAACGACGACGGCGACGACGACGACGACGACGCCGCCGCAACCACCGCCGCCCAGCAUCCCCUCGUUAAAUUAUUCGGCCCACUUGGAAUCAGCGUUCAAGAAGUACGUGCCAACGUUGAGGCAACAGAAUCUCUUGCAACCGUACUCCCUUCUCUAUUAUCAUCCGAACUCGCUGCUGAGUGCCUUCCCAGCUCCGCCACCCGCCACCCCCACUGUCCCACAGAAUUCGCCGCCCCCCAUCACCAUUCAAAAAGCUUUCUCGAAGAUGAGCCUGGCUGCGAUCUCGCCCGAGAGCCAGCGUGAAAAGAAGAGCCCCGGACCACGGAGUAACGAACUCAGUACGACGAACAAACAGAAGACAUUCACCUGCCCUGAAUGCGGCAAGGUGUUCAACGCCCACUACAAUCUGACCAGACACAUGCCCGUCCACACGGGGGCGCGGCCGUUCGUCUGCAAGAUAUGCGGCAAAGGGUUUCGCCAAGCGAGCACUCUGUGCAGGCACAAGAUCAUCCACACGGCGGAGAAGCCGCACAAGUGUCCUACCUGCGGCAAAGCUUUCAACCGAAGCUCGACCUUGAACACGCACAGGCGCAUCCACGCCAACUACAAACCGUUCGUGUGCGAGUAUUGCGGGAAGGGGUUCCAUCAGAAGGGAAACUACAAGAAUCACAAGUUGACGCACAGCGGCGAAAAGGCGUACAAGUGCAACAUUUGCAACAAGGCGUUCCACCAGAUUUACAACCUCACGUUCCACAUGCACACCCACAACGACAAGAAGCCAUUCUCGUGCAAGAUCUGCGGAAAGGGAUUCUGCAGGAACUUCGACUUGAAGAAACACAUGAGAAAAUUGCACGACAGCGGAUCACCCGUGUUGAACGGCCUAGGUACUUCGGCGCAGAGUCACAAUCAACAGUCCGGUUACGCGUCCGUCCACCACGGACCCGGUGCCCACUCGUUCGUCAGUCCUUUCCUGCUUCCGCCGCCAGGUACCACCAGUUACUUGAGCAAAAUGUUGUGACAAGGCGACGGCAUCCAUUACCCGAGAAAGACGCAGUGCCCUUUGAUCCUUGGCCCACCUUGUUACACGGGGGACAUCGGCCAGUUGACGCAACCCUCGAAAUGAAGGGAGGGAGAAAUGUCGGUGAUUAUUAGAAUUACGAGGAAUAUAUGGAGGAGGGGUGAAGCUGGAAAUUGGACGAUCAGAUUAGAUCUCGUGGAUCGUCUGGUUUUCGCCAAGUGAGAGUAAUUUAUCUCUCCGAUAGAGAGACAACCCAAGAGAUACCAAAGACGCGGGCAACCAGAGACACUUGGACAACGUGGGGAAACGUGUCACCGUAUUGUUUCGAGACAACCAACUACCUCAUCUACUACAGCAACUAAAUUGUAGCAGAUUAUUCCUGUUUUACCUUUAAGACUAGUCUCAGGCCUUUUCCGUCACGAUGUAACGAUACGUGUACUAUCAUUUAACCAAAACCGCACGAGUACUUUCUUCGGAUACCUUCGUUUCGAAAUUUCUUCCUUCCUUUCUUUCAUCACGCAAUAUAUAUAUAUAUAUACACGCAUAUUGUGUAUUCAAAAUUCUACCUGUUUACGCGAUCGCGAUUUAAAAGCGAGCGAGCUAAAAAUUGAAAGCGAUUCGCAAUAUCAUCGCGGAUAGAAACGAUCGUCAACAAACAUUGGUGGAAAACAAGGCUCGAUAAAAAUCCAACAACGAUGGACAGGUGCAUUAAUUUACGUCGGAAACACGAAUUUUCGACGGAACGUGACGGGUGAACAAUGCGAAUAUCCUUAAUUUCGAGGAUGAACCAACGCGACGGCGAGGGCAAAAACGGUGGGCAAAUAGGACGAGUAAUCGAAUUAGACGAUUCGACGCGGACAAUUAUUCGGCAGCACAAUGAUAUUUUAACCGGACGAGCAGUUGCCAGCUGCAAAACACCGAGCGCGAAUAUAUCGGAGAAAGCAAAUAAUCGGUCGUAUCGGGCGAAAUAAACCAUGUAGGGGAGGUAAAUCAACAGAUAGACAGAGGAACCAGAGAUACAUAAGUGCAUAUUGGCAGGAUCGUUAUAAACUGGACACCGGAUCCCCCAUGGCAUCGGAUUAAUCGCAUGAAAGCUCAAUCGAUGGUAUCCUGGCGAGAGAUGAUUACUUAUUUAUGUAAAUACUUGUAAAUAUUUGUACCUGCGACAGAGAGUGAUUUCGUUAUUGCGGCGCAUUAUUGCAACGGUGGCCGGAAAUUAUCGACGAAAAAAAAAAAAAGAGAGAGAAGACAGAGAGAAAAAAAAGCGAGAUGGUGGUUGGUUCUUCAGCGUCGAUCGUCGCGACGAUUCGACGCGAGAGUAUUGCCGGAGCUGGGAUCGAAACGAGUGUCCUUUCGUUCCUCCUCGUCUCGCGCGAGGGCUCGCGUGCAACCUUCCUCCGAGAUGGAAAAAGCGUAGAGAGGAACACGUGACAGACACGUUUGGCCACGAUUAUCUUUAUCUAUUCCUUAGACGAAAUGUAUAAAUCGGUGUGAUAGUAGCUUUUAAGUGACGCGCGUAGCGAACGCGAAGAAAGUGUUGGCCAUUUAAUUUACUAUCCGUUGUAAAAUUACGCCUAGAUACUAGGUGAUCGAUCGAUCUGGAUUCCGAAGAUUUACACGCGAUCGUUUCGAGAGAGAUUUGCAAUAGAGAGAACGUAGGGAACACAACAAGUCGCUCGUUGUUCUCCGUUUUCGCGCGUGUUCAAUCUUAUUUUCAUUAUGCAUUUUUAUUUACGUCUCACCUCGUUUUCUUUUCUUUUCCUUUUUUUUUCAAACUUUAUCCACCGCGACUCUUCCUGUUCUAUUCUCCCUUCUUCUAUUUCCUCCCUUUGACUUUCACUCGCGACCAACGAAAUUUCGAAAUUUAAUUCCCCUCCCUUCCUCCGUUUCUUUUCUCCUUUACAAACGAUGGUUAACUCGAACGCAGAAUCGAAACAGAUUCCUCCAGGGAGAAACCCUUAAUCGAUUCGAUAUCUCACGUUUCUACGGUACGAGAACUAGGUAAGCCGCCAUUGACGACGAGGCGAAAUUAAUGAAUUAAGCAUGAUUAACGGCGAAAAUAAAGAAACGAACUAUAUAUGUAGAUAAUCGGUAGAGUAGAUGAAAAUGCAUAUGUAUGUGUCCCCUAUUGUAAAUAUGAGUCGAUCCAAUGCAAUAAAAUCAUCGAUACCAAUGAA